GUCGUAUUUUGAUGACAUCAUCACUGGGACUUUCCGGAUGCGUCGGGGUUGACAUGUAAAAAGUUGUCUUAAAACUGGACCACUCUAGCUAAUAUAUCACCGCAUAGAAGAGGAAGACCGAUAGAAGGAAACCAUGAAGGAGGAUAACGAUCCAAAUGACACCGAAUGGUUACGAUAUUAAAACGAUCUGUUGUCAACAGGGACAGACAUAUUCAAAAACAGAAUGUCAACAACGCGGCCCCUUCUCGGUAUGAAGCGAGUCACCGAGGUAACCUGUAAGGAACCCCUGGGAAACAGGCUGUCGCCAACAGGGAGCAAACAACAGCAAGAGUCCCUGACAGUGGACGAAUUUGCUGUCUUUGAAAACAAGCAAGAAGAACUGAAAUGCGCCAAACCCAGAGUAGAACAGGUUUUCCGGGUAGUUUUCACAAUUAUCGGCCUUUUGGACACUGGAGCCCACAGUAGUACAGCAUCAAGGCAGAUAUGGCUUCAACUCAAGGGGAAGAGAGACGACGUGUCGAGGGCAAAGGAGUACCUGAAAGGCCUGUGUGAUCCAGAGCUGCAGCAAGAGGAGCACUACCCCGUGGACAUGCACUGCAUCUUUGCCGGUGCCCGGGGUCUGUUCCUUGACCGACUGCUGCGGGACACCAGCGCUGAAGUUGUGAUGCUGGAGCCAGGCACACUGCGCCUGCUGGGCUGCUUUGAGUCUGUCAUCAUGGCAAAGAGCCGCGUGCAGCAGUUUGUUGCUCUCUUCCAAGAGAAGCGCAGCCUGCCCGGAGAUAGGGAGCCGGCCGUGAAACGCACCUUCAAGACGUUUGUGGAGGAGCGAGAUGAUAAGUAUGCCAUGGAGCUGCUCCUGUUGCCCAGUGCCCUGAAGGAGGAGCUGCUAGGUCUGGCCCAGAGCCCCACUCAGCCUUUUGGGGUUAUAGACGUGGACCAGGAUCGCUCCCAGAGCAGCACUCCUGUCACUGACCUCUCCAACCGCAUCCUGGACACCAGCUUUGAGGAGAAGGCGGUUGCAUCCGGGGCCGAGACGGGGUUGUUGAAUGGCGUCCGGCCCUCCCACAAACGCCGCUCGUCGGAGAGCGAGCUGAGGGACACCAAGAGACAGUACUCCCUGGAGAGGAGAGAGGAGUCGAUGGAGAGAGAGCGCCACACUGUGGCCAGUGACAGCAGAACUAAGACGCCCUCCAAGACCAACAUGGGGCUGAUGGUGCAGGACUCUAGUGAUGGUGCGGAUGACGGGGAGGCUGUGAGCCCUGAGACCAACCUGCGGUGCCUGGUGAACUUCUUCAGAACAAUGGGCUACCAGCAGGAGGUGGUGGAGCGGGUGGUGAAGGAGACGGGCCAGACAGAGGACACUUUUCUGUUGCUGGAGUGCAUUGUGGAGGAGAGCCAAAGAACAGAGAGACAGCGAGGAGGGGCAUCCUCAACCCACAACUCUGAGUCUUCUUCCUCUACUUUCAACUCCAGGGAUAAGGAUAGAGGGCUAGAUAGAGUCCCAAACCGAGCCCUGAAUGUAAAGUCCAAGGAGAACAUUAAGCCACCCAGCAGCAAUGGUGUUGGCCAGAGGGGACAGUAUAGCAGCAUGCUGCAGACAAUGACACUAAAAAGGAGCAGCAGUGCUCAGGGGGCUGCUUACGAUAUCAUCACCAUCAAUGAUGACGAGGACAGCACAGACACACUGGCUAGCAGUAAAGCCAGGAUGGCAGAGCAGAUGGAUUUUCCAUCGGGUCCCAGGAUGGACUACCUGUCCCGGGGAGGGGCUCAGACCAUGGGGCCGGUACGUGUGGAGAGUGUGACGGCACUGCGGAGCACACCACAGCGCCCAACCCAGCCAGCAGACACACGGCCAGGUUGCUCCUAUCAGACCCUGUCAGCCAGAGUCCCCCCACCUCGCACAGAGCCUGCUCCACCACCCCUGACUGCCACGACCCGCUUCCAUGAUUCCCUGAGAAACCCCUACACCCUGACCCUACAGAACGAGCCUGGACACCCUGAUCUCCGGCACAUCAUCAUUGACGGCAGCAACGUGGCCAUGGCGCAUGGUCUCCACCGCUUCUUCUCCUGCCGGGGGAUAGCCAUCGCUGUGGAGGCCUUCUGGAGGCAGGGCCACCGGGAGAUCACUGUCUUUGUGCCUCAGUGGAGGCAGAAGAGAGACCGCUACACCACAGAACAACAUUACCUAAACCAACUGGAAGACCUGCGUCUGCUCUCCUUUACUCCUUCCAGAGAGGUCUGUGGACAGAGGAUUUCCUCCCAUGAUGACAGGUUUCUGCUCCACCUGGCAGAGAAGACAGGAGGGGUUAUCGUCACCAAUGACAACUUGCGGGACUUUGUAAAUACAUCAGAGGCAUGGAUGAGGAUCAUCCAAGAGAGGCUUCUGCAGUUUACCUUUGUAGAGGACCACUUUAUGAUCCCAGAUGACCCCCUGGGGAAGCAUGGCCCUCACCUGGAGGUGUUCUUACGGAAGGACAACAGACGGAGGCCAGUCACACCUCCUCUGAGGCCAGACCCCCGAGCCACCCCGCAACCUGUCUUUGUCCAAGCUCUGCAGUCUGCCCCUCGCCCCUCAUCUGUCCCUCGCCCCACAGCUACCCCCCAGAUUAGGCCACUCUCCCACUGGCCACAUUCUGGGCCCCCUGGGUGGCACCCCCCUCACCCAACACCCUCACCACCUCCACAGAGGUCACACCCUCCUCACCCCUCACCCCCUCUUCAGCGAUCACACACCCCUCGCCCAACACCCUCUCCCCCUCCCCAGCGGUCACCCUCGGAAACCAUAGAGCUCAAAAGGAAGCUGUACGAUAUCUUCCCCGACCAGAAGCAGCGCAUUGACCGUAUCCUCAGUGACAACCCCUACAUGAGGGACCUGAAUGCACUGUCAGGCCUUCUGCUGGGAUGAAACCAAGCACAAAACUGUACUCAGUCACUCACACACAGAUGCACUUACAAGUCUCUGUCGAAAGGAGGGUGCCAAUAGUAGGCCUAUGUACAGAAAACUGAGCUAUUUAAAGUUUUUCUAUUAAAGUCGGUCAACUGCAUUGCUCUUGGAUGGCUAUUUGUUUGGAAGGCAUAACUCCCCUUUUUCUACACAUUUAAGUUCAGCAGUGUCCAUGGAACAUAUGCCAUUCAUGAAUAGAUUGCUUUCCUGAGUGAAACCAUACAAUUGUGGGGAAGGAAUUGUCCAGCUGGCACCUACUGUAUGUGAUGUCCACAAAUGUUGUAAGUACUUAUUUCCUGUCAUUUGUCUCUGCACAAGUCUUUAAGGUGUAAAACCAAAUUGCUGUAAUAACUGCUGAAGGAAGGUUAUUUUGUUCAUGUUGUAAUAUAAUUAGUUUCUGUAUGAUUUUGUAAAUAUGAACAUUGACAUGUGCAGGUAUGGUUUUAUGUAAUUAACCACACAAAUACAAACAGCUCCAUAAAGAAGCUUCUUUUUAAACUAGCGAUACUUCAUUCCUUCAGUGAUUCACAAUCCAGUGCUUUGAUAGUAUGUUGGCAUGGUAGAAGGGUUCCUCUAGAUACACUGGAGACACCAGUGCCCUGUCCAAGCACAAUCCUGUGCUGAAGGAAAAUAUAUUAAAAACAUUCUUAAACAUGAGGAAAUGAUAUUCCUUGAAUGACAUCGCAAAUAUUACUUACAGAGUUUGGCUGCUAAGUCCCUUAUCUUCCUGUACUGAUUGUCCACUACACUCUGAGGACAUAGCCAUUGUAUCUUCUGGAGAGUCCCAGACUGACUCAGAGCCCAGAAACAGAGCCAACUUACCCAUGUUACUCAAUGAUCUGGAACACCCUAGUCACUCUUGUACAAGUCACUAUCUUUUGUAAUGGUAACAUAGCAAACCCAUUAUUCAUUGUUUGUUCAAUGAACAACAAUCACAAAUAACUCUACCUACAUGUUUACCUCAAUUACCUCAACACCGGUGCUCCGCACAUUGACACAUUGACUCUACCGGUACCCCCUGUAUAUAGUCCCGCUAUUGUUAUUUACUGCUGCUCUUUAAUUAUUUGUUAUUCUUAUCUCAUACUUUUUUGUAGGUAUUUUCUUAACUGCGUUGUUGGUUAAGGGCGUGUAAGUAAGCAUUUCACUGUAAUGUCUACUACACCUGUUGUAUUCGGCGCAUGUGACAAAAUUUGAUUUGAUAAGGCCCCAGUCACCAGCCAGCAGAGGUCACUGUGAACCAAGCUGUCAGGGGCUAGUUGCUCCUGGAGCACUUAUUGCUAAAAAAAAAUCAGACAGAUGAGUGGCCUGGCUAUUAUGAUGAAAACAAUUUGCUUCAGUUGUGUAUAGCUUUAGUUUUGUAUAACAAGGUGCAUCCAUUGUGUAUAACUAACAUCCAACUCUUUUUGGAGAGGUUCGUCAGUGUAUUCUACCAGUGGGGUAAAUCUUUGGACUCUGUAUCCAAGUCCCCUUUCUGUUGUUGUUUCUCUAUAUAAUGUAAAGGAUAUCAGUCACUGAUGUUUGAUUGACAUUUGUUUCCCUUUUAAGAUUUCUACGAGAAAGGAAAUGCAGUGACAUCACCAAUGAGGGCAUAGGCGUUCUGUGGGUAUCUCACGGCUACUUGAAAGACAGGGUGUAUAUUUGAUUUCCACAGGCUGGUAAAGUUAAUAAAGGCCAACUGUUUGUCAUAAACGAGA